CCCCGGCCCGUCCACCAAGAGUGCCUAACCGCACACCGCGGCUCGCCCCUCGUCGGCCAGUGCCAUGAUCCCACAGCGGCAUUAGCGGGAGCUUUCAGGUGAAACCACGCCAUAGCUCCCUGCAAACACCCCAGACUACUCCGCUACGGGCCAAUGAGGACAUGCCUUUUAAUCAGCCGAGCCUGCUCCCUCACCCCACGCCGAGGGCCUCUAGACUCUGUGCUUCACUGUAAGCUCGGGGAGCUUCUUGCAACAAAGGACACAGCUUCGGCCCAGAAACCCCCCAAACACCCAAUCCAGACGCGUCUCUGUGCGUCUGCUGCAGCUUUCCCUUCGUCACGCAACCCCGACUCUCGAUUCCCUCAACAAGGGGCCGACGACGCCAGUAAAUCGUACGACUCUUCUCCCCCCAUCCCGUAUAUCAGUCUCGUCAUACGCUCCAUCCAUUCCAGGCCCGGCUGCUGCCCUCUCAAAAUGGCCGGAUAUCUCUUGCUUGUGAUUCCAAGCAUCCUCAUGAGCUUGCUGGUUUCGAGAGCGCCAUUCAUGAUGACCACCACACCACAGACGACGAAGCCCUGGGCCGAUGCGCCCAUGAAGCUCAUCACGACGCCGCAGUACGAGACCAAGAAGACCGACCUCUUCACGCUGGGCUCUACCCACAUGGCCUUGCUGCACAACUCAAUCCUGCGAGGCUACAACUCCAUCUACCAGCAGGCGCCCUAUAUCCAGGACGCCGACAAGGCCGACUUUAUCGGAUAUUCCCAGACGUGGUUCAAGUUUGUCAAGUCGCAUCACGAUGACGAGGAGGAGUCUCUCUUUACCAAGGUCGAGGACCUCCUGGACGACAAGAACGUCUUUGCCGAGACGCACAAGGAGCAUGAGUCCUUCCUGAGCGGUCUUGCCGAGUUCAACCAGUACCUGACGUCCUUGUCAUCGCCCACCGACUUCUCUGGCGCCAAGCUGCUUGACAUCAUGAAGGGCUUCCAGCAGCCGUUCGAAACCCACUUCCAUAGCGAGAUCAGCACCAUCGCCGGGCUUGCGAAGCACCCGAACGCGCCGAAGGAGGGGACACCCGAGGCGGCGAACGCCAGUCUGACGUUCAAGACGUGGGGCAAGAGCACCGUCACCAAGGCGGGCACGGCGGACGUGGUGCCCUUCUUCCUGCUCAACCUGGACCGGACGGCCGAGGACGGGCUGUGGGCGAACUGGCCGCCCAUGCCGGCGCCGAUCAAGUGGGGCCUGAUUAAUAUCGCGGGAGCGUGGCACUGGGGAUGGUGGAAGUUUGCCAGCUGCGACGCGGCUGGGCAACCGAGGGAGCUUUACGCGCUGGGGUCUUUGGGGUCGGACGACAAGGCCAAGGCUGAGCUGUGAGAGCACUUCUAUGAGGUGAGGGCUUUGCGGUACUGGUUUUUGCGUACAGAGGUACAUUUUGUGGUCUGUGGUCUGUACGACAAGGGUGCGGCUCGUGGCUCGUGGUUUGUGGGACGAAGUUGCGGUUUUUGAGGGGAGUUCGGGACCAGGUUUUUGUACUUGCCUGUCAUUGUUAGAGAAAUAUUAAGGCGAGCAUAAUUGAGUCGGAUCCUUCAUUU